UUCCUCUGCUGGUCGUCACCAUCAACAACAAGAGCAUGAUCAUCAGGUCUCGAUAUAAGUAAGUACAAGUUUUACCUCUUUAUGCAUAUGUCUUGUCGAUGAGCGGGACGGACAAGGAAAACAUCAGUAAUAAUUAUGCGGUCCAUAUCUGCCGAAUGUGAACGUCUGAUGCGCAAGAAUGACUAGUACCUGGAAAACACAGUGAUAGAUAGACAUAUAAAUAUGAAAUGACGCCGAGCUGCGUUAGCCUUCCACGUCGUAUUUACUUUUGGUACUAGAAAUGUAAUUAAUAUUUUCUUCCUGUGCAGCUAAUCUACAUACAUGCAUCGCAAUUUCAUCCGUUGGUUUUUCCAAAUUUAAACAUUUCAUAGGAUUAGAAUUUUGCCGCGCGCUAUUUCGUUCUCUCCUCGUUUGUUCACUGUAACUAUCGAUGUGGUUGAACCGUCCUUAGGACUACUUCGCUUAUAGAAAUACGCACGACUCGGUACUAUGUUGGUGUGGUAAUUUCUAGCUGACCACGACCUUCACUGGCGCUAUUUUAUUUUCAAAAGGUCACUAUUAUCUUCACUUGGAACUAGGGUCAAGGUAGUAGUUUCUAAAAACUGCAUAUCCAUCGGGUCUUCAUCAGGUUCAGGCUCAGCAUCCAUUCUUUCAUCUGUCAUACUAUGCUUGUUUUAGGUUAUGGUCUUUCAUGGUCUCUCAUGUCGAAUUUUUGCUGCCCUGUAGAAAUAUUGUAAAACUUAAACUGAUUUCCCUUUGUUGUCUUUUUCAUGUAAUUUUCUUUUUUUCUGGAUUAUUUGCUGGCCCUCGUACGCUGUCAGCGAACAAGUCGUUGAUGUUAACUACUCAAAUCGACAUCACAACUAGGACGGAAGCAUGGGGGCGGUGGGCUAUGGGAUAGUCAUGGAUCCGACCCCUUGAACUUUGUGUAUUGUAGGCGGACCCGUGCCCUUGUGAGGGUACUGCUACUGCCGGACGACUUUCCCCCCAGUGGCACCCGCGGGUGUCAAGUGGGCAAGGCUUGUGGUCGCGCCAUUCGUGUCGCCGUAAGGUGCUGCGCAGUACUGGGCGCUCGGGCUACGUCAGAUAUGGCCCGUCACUGUUCUACUUAUGAGCCGUCGACUAAUAUGCCCGUGCGGCUUGGGCUCUAGCUUUUCUACAGCGGUGGCCGUUGUGCUUCAUCGUUUGCGUAGUCGUAGCGCCUGGCCGUUGUGCUUCAUGCUUCCCGCGGGGUAAUUAAAUGGAACUAUAGCGGGAAACUGUAGACCCAGGCCCCCAAAAAAAAAAGCCGCCAAAUAAAAAAAUCAAGCUGUGGCCUCUAAUAAAGUUAGCCAUGCAGCUGCCUACGCUUAUAGGCCGACGACGAAGCGCAAACGAACCAAGGCCGCAGACCUUCAAGAAACCAGUAGGAGCAAGCUGCCCCUAGUAUGGAGUAGCUCCACCAAUGCGACAAUGUAUCUGAAGAAAUUUUAGCGAUUAUUCGCGGGCCGUCUCACUUUCAAAAAGUUCGAUCUCAGUCGUGGCGCCGCCCUCUGUGCCGAGUGUCCACAGCUUGCAGCUUCAGAUCCUAGCUAGCAAGUGGCCACAUCAAAGCUCUAGCCCUUUCCGUGUGCGAUCCUCUAGGGUUUAGCUUUUGUUUCUCGGGGUUCAUCCGAUAAGGUCCAUCAUUGUUCUACUUAUGAGCCGUUGGCUACUUAAUUUGCCCGUGGGGUUUUGGCUCUAGCUUUUCUGCGGCGAUGGCCGUUGUGCUUCAUCGUCUAGUAUUUUUAGGUGCCUGGCCGUUGUGCUUCAGGAUUCUCGCAGGGUAAUUACAUGUUCGUAUUGCGAGGAAUAUAGACCCAGGUCCAAAAAGAAAAAGCCGCCGCGUUGGCCAUGAUGAAUGAAUGAAUUCAUCUACCGAGUCUUAUAAAUAUCAUCAACAUCGUAAAUGUACAAUAUAGGCACCGAUCGUGUCUGAUCUCACCAACAGACAACAGCACAAUGUUAGCUAUUGGAUUUUCACGUCCAGCAUAAAGUGUGACCCUAUCAGUUAUGGAGGGAGAAAGUCCAGACGGGAGCCCUUCGGAGAGUUUCCUAUAGGAGAUAGAAGUUGUAUGCGAGUGUAUUAUCUUUCCCGAAAAAUCUAAAUCAAGAGUAGCGAUAUUUUUACCAAGCUGAUGCUUGUUGUGAAACGCAAAGAUCCGAGACUAGUCGCACCCAUCCUGAUAUUAUCAGAUAAGAUUUUUAGCUUCGCAUGCAGG